GACACAACCAACCAAGGAAGAAAUGGCAAUCAAGAUGGCGCCCUCUCGCUACUUCGAAGACAGUGAUAGCGACCUCCCAGAACUCGACGAGCUUAUCAGCCAACACGUCAAGGGACUAACACUCAAUGCGCCGAAGCUCAAUGCCUCCAAGACGACUGCUCCUCGUCUGGCACCACAAAAGUCGACCGGAAGAAGCACCAAGACCAGAAGCGAGACCACGAAAACAAAUGCACCCACAAAGAGCGCGGCAAAACCCAGGACCUUAAGCCGCCCGCUCACAGAGCUGAAGACCGCUCCCGAAUUGAGAAGACCCGAACCCAAGAUACAACCUAAACCUCGCGCGCAAGUUGUGCAAAAGAAGGCGGGGGAAUUGCUCAAGGAGCCAAAGACAAGAGCGACGCCACAGAGAAGAGCGAGGCCCAUUCUAGUACCUAUAGAAGACUCUGAGUCCGAAGAGAGUCAGGAAGAGGUUGAAGAGCAGGAUGUGGAGGAGAGCAUUUAUUGCGAAAGUGACAAGGAGGACCAACCUCCAGUACUGGCUCCGAGGGCUACGAGUAAGCCUAGAAGAAGACUCGUGGCUGGUAGAAGCACUCCAGACAUUGAUUCCAGUGACUCGGAGGAAGAUGUUUUCCACACUCCUCCCAGCGAGUCGGCGCGAAAGCCCUCGAAGGAAACCUUCACUUCGAAGACUUCGGACGACCUCACACAAAAGCUACUUCAACUUGACCUCGAUGGCUCGGAUAAGGAAAACGACAAUCUCGCAAUACUCAAGUUCUCGCCUCCGCGAGCAGCAAGACCAAUCAUGUUAGAAAGACCUGCCACUCCUCCACCUGCAUCGCCUACAAAGUCAAAACUCGUCUCUCCCUCGAAGAAGAAACAGCGCAUUCCAACACCUCCACACGCACCGAACUUCGAAGACUUCUGGAACGUCCACGCAGUCAACACCUGGAACGACGAAUACUCGCCCCAAAAGCCCCUCAUGUCACCAAAGAAGAACCGAAAGGCACUGCAAGACGACUCGGAUUCUCCUUCUGCCUCACCUAAGAAGACAACAAGUCCCACAAAAAAGACCCGAGCUGCAAUCGAUGCGAAGAAGGACUUUGAGAACAAGAAGCACAAGCUCGUGGAAGACUUCUUCGCCGAGCUCGACACAAACAUCACCGACGGCAAGAUUGGUGAACUGGCCACAUUGACUGGCGGUGUCAAGUUCAUCUGGAGCAAAACUCUCAACUCGACAGCCGGUCGAGCAAACUGGAAGCGCGAGACCACAAAACACAGAAACCUUGACGGAACAACAUCGAUCACGCAAAAAAACCACGCCUCGAUCGAGUUGGCCGAAAAAGUCAUUGACGACGAAGAACGUCUUCUCAACGUCGUGGCACAUGAAUUCUGCCAUCUCGCCAACUUCAUGGUCAGCGGGAUUAAGGAUCAACCGCACGGCCACCAAUUCAAGGUCUGGGGUCGUAAAUGCAGUGAAGCAUUCGGUCACCGUGGUGUGGAGGUCACCACAAAGCAUUCCUACCAUAUCGACUACAAGUACAUCUGGACAUGCACGAAUGAGAUGUGCAGUCAUGAGUUCAAGCGUCACUCCAAGAGCAUCGACCCUGCUCGUCAAUCUUGUGGCGUGUGCAGAAGCAAACUUGCUCAGACAAAGCCAGCGCCGAGGAAGCAAGCGGGUCCGACUACCUAUGCGGCUUUCGUCAAGGCCAACUUUGCUGGUCUAAAACAGGAGAUGGCUGGAGCACCGCACAAGGAAGUCAUGGCUGCACUGGGUCAAAAGUACAGAGACGCAAAAGCCAAGGGCGAGUUGAACGGUGGAACACCCACUGGAUCUGUUGACGGUGUGAUGAAAGCAUUGGAGGUGGUGAUUUUGGACAGCGAUUGA